AUGGGCAUUGUUGUUGAUGGACGAACAAGAUUUAAUGAGCGAGGAAAUUACCAAAGUCACCAAGCCUCACAUAUGGCUACAUACUUUGGAAAUGUGCUAUCCAUUCCAUUUGGUGGGGAAAAAGUGGAAGACCUAGUUGAAAAGUCGUUGAAUUGGGUAGCUGAUGAAGUCCAUGAUUUUUUGAAAUGUGCUCUAACAAAGGAGCAUUUUUUGGGGUUGAUAGAUUGGGUUGAGGUUCAUAAACCGGUGCCAGCCUUGGCCAAGAUAUACUACAGUCGGAGUGAAGAGGGGCCUGCUUUUGUCGUGUCAUCGGGGCAAAGAUUUCCUGUUUCGAAGGUGGAUUUCGGGUGGGGACUGCCGGUUUUCGGGUCGUACCAUUUCCCGUGGGGCGGCAAUGCCGGGUAUGUGAUGCCAAUGCCGAGUCCGGCUAGGAAAGGUGACUGGAUUGUGUACAUGCACAUCUUCAAAGGGCAGUUGGAGUUAAUAGAGAAGGAGGCUGCUCAUGUGUUUAGACCCUUGACUUUUGAUUAUCUUAGUCAAAUUUGA